AUGUCGGCUGCACCCACCGGUAACAGAGAGCUGAACGAGCAGUCUCCUAUCUUACGUCUGUCGGACGAGCUCCUCGAGUUAAUCCUCGACUACGCUUCUAUUGGAUAUGGCGCGUCGACAUUCUCUGUACCAGAUACUAAGGAGAUCCAUUCCAGCACGGGCGAGGAAAUGAAGCAGAAGAGUGACGAUGGUCUACAAAGAUGCCCGCACCCGAACGUUCGACCGUCCCAUGAAGCCUUCUGGCUACCCUUAGUUUGCCGUCGCUUUCGUUCGAUCUUUCAACCUCUGUUUUACCGCCACAUCGAGAUCUGGUUGGGCAUCUCAUUCCCGCGGCGCUCGGAUCGGCUCGCCAGUUUACAUGCCACGCUCCGAGGUAACCCAGCGCUUGCUCAACGCUGCCACACCUUAAUGAUUGAACAGUACUGCAUGGAGACAUUGGAGCCCGAACAAUAUAUCGAAGUCUUCUGUGAAAUUUUGUCGUUGACAGCGAACCUCCGAUGUCUUAAGCUUGAGGGCACCGCGCCGUUUACUACGGUAGAUAUCGGCGAUUUCUCCCACGACGAGUUGAUCCUCUCGACGAUCGUUAACUGGUGUAAAACCAUCGAGCACUUCGCGUACAAAGAGUACAAUAACAUCGAGGAGGUCGCCUUCCCACCAGACGAUGACCAGACCUUCUUUAACUGGCUUCUUGCCCGCCACCGUUCGACCGUGCGUUCCCUCGCCAUCGGAAGUUUCCACCGGCUGCCCGGUCGUCCCCUCGACGUCAUGGGCCUGCCUGCACUAGAAACCCUGACAAUCCGCUGGCCGACCUUCACCGCAAAUCCCCGCUACCGGAUCGAUGAUCUCGACGCCACCGACGCCGCGAACGCGCUGCUGGCUCCGAAACUACGGAACUUCACGCUGGUCAUGGAGACGUUCGACUGGUUCGCACGGUCCGGGGCCUGUCCUGGGGGCACGCACGGGACGGAAUUGGACCAAUGGAUGGGGGAAUUCAUGGAGAUCGCGAGGCAGCGGCAGUCGCCGUUGCAACGGAUCCAGAUCGUGUACGACGGCCGCCGCGAAGGCUGUAUAGAUGGUUGCAAUUUCCCAGAGAAUGUCAUGGAUCCUCUGUUCGAAGCGGCCAAGCAACUAGAUUUCGCCUUGAUGUUUAAGGAGGAGACCAUUGAUAGUUGGCAUUAA